UUGUCAAUCCAGAGAAGUCUGUUCCUCAUAAAAACAGCAUCUCUGGGGCCAGCAGGCCAGCUUGGAUUCAGGACCAUGUCCCUGGUGCUUCCCUCCAUGCUCUGUCUUGGAGAGUCUGAGAGAGAAGGGCCCGGCUACAAAUACAGGCUCCAGGUGGCAGGUCCAUCGGUUCUAGGAGGCUGGGGUGUCUCACCCACUGUUUCCUUCCAGGGAUGUGUCUAGGCCAGAGCACUCAGGCGCAGAAGGGAAAUCUCCCACGACCUCUUCUCAUGGCUCUACCAGGAUCUACGGUUCCACCUGGGAAUCCAGUGAUGAUCCUGUGCAGAGGGCCUCAGAAGCUGAAGCAUAUGCGCUAUCUAGAGUGAGAAGCCCUGAGGCCUCAGAUAGAGAGAAGCAACUGCUGUCUAAGACGUCCAACACUUAGAGUAUCUCAGAGAUGACGCCAUACUGGGCAGGAGCUUAUGAGAAACCCUUCCUCUCAAGCAUGACUGGUAUCAUGGUGCCUUCAGGGAAGAAUGAGAAGUUGCGGUGUUUCUCAACACUCAAGUUUGAUGCAUCUAUUCUUAUGAAGAAAGAUGGAGUUCACACCAUCCAGAACCAAAUCUCCACCUCUGAGGGUGGUGGACACCAGGCUGUGUUCCUCUUGAAUCAUGUCUCCUCCACACAAACUGGGACCUACAGAUGCUAUGGUGUCUUCGGUCAUUACCCUUAUGUGUGGUCUCACCCCAGUGACCGAUUGCAGCUUUGGGUCACAGCCCCAUUUGCAGAAGCUUCUGACCAUCCUGUUCCCACAAGCCCCAGACCUUCACCUGAACCUGCUGCCUGGCAUCUUUCUGCAGAGAAUCAAGUCCGGCUGAGCAUGGCUGGCCUGAUUCUCUUGGUCCUGGGGGUGCUCUUGGCUGAGGCCUGGUACAGCCAGAAGAUGCCCUUAAAUGGACACAGACAAGCCCCCACCUGAGUGUAACGACAGCACCGAUGUCCUUCUAUUGGCAUCUAAUGACUGUGUGGACCCUGGGGGAGCAGCCAGAGGAGAUAGUGCCCUGGCCAUGUCAUCUACUGAGAUAUCGGAGAAGACUUGUUUCUUGUUGAAUCUGUAACAACCUACCCCAGACACUUCGGUUUAAAGGAACACCAAUUCAUUCUCUUUUCAUUCUAGGGAGCAGGAGUCUAAAAAGUGUCUGCAGGCCUGCAUUCCUCUUUUAGCGUCUGGUCUGUGUUCCUGCCUUUUCUGUUUCUGGGCUCCGCCUGCAUUCCUUGCCUUCUGGAUCCCUCCUCCAUCUCCAAAUCCACCAGUGUAGCAUCUUCUCUCCUCUCUGACCUCUGCUUCCUUCCUGCCUUCUUCUCUCUCUUGCUCCCACCCUCCUGCUUCCCUCUUAUAAGGACCCUUGUGAUGACAUUGGGCCCAAGAAGAUAAUCCAGGAUAAUCUCUCAGUUUCCAGAGUCUCGUCUUCCUCACAUCACAAUGUCCCUUUGCCGUGGCAGGUCCCACUCACAAUUCUGGGGAUUAGACGAGCACAACUUGAGGGGGAUCAUUCAGCCGACCUCCAGCAGCUCAGUACAUCUGACCAUAGGGCAGGGCUGUCCUUGCACUUGUGCACUAACUCCUGGGGGAGACGUGGGGAUUGAAUAUUUAAUACUCUUUAGAAUUUAAAACAGGACAUGAUCUACAUAGAGAGGGAGAGAUGCUUAACGAAUCCUGCUUUUGUAUGUCAGAAUGUGUAAGUUCCUGACUUAUUGUACUUGAGGGGAGAAAACUUGGUCUAGGAAUAGAAAUGCUGAUUUUUUCAAUAGCGUCAUUUAUUUUUAAUUUACAGAAUAUACAAAGCAAAUGUAAAAGCAUGAACGUUUAUGUUGGUGUGUUUCUUUCACGAUUCAAGUAACAAUGAUGUUUGUGAUGUUAGCCAUUGUUCCAGUUUGGGGUUUAUUUUUCUUUUUUCUGAAAAGGAACACCUUUAAGAGCAUGGCACCAAAACAACAGACUCACAGAAUGGUCAGCUCUGACUCCUGUUACAGCUGAGUUGAUGAAAUCAUUCUGGAACUUCUUAGCUCCAAUCUACUGAAGUAAAUCACAAAUAUCCUCAGAGUUUAACAAGAAGGAUACUCCGUUCUGUAGACACAGGUAGAUUCUAAGGUCCACCACUUGUUCUUUGUUCUCCUCUCUGCCCCGUGAUGACACUCUCUAAGAGCUCUCUGACACUGGCUGCUGUCACCUCACCAACUUUCCCUUCUUCUGGCUAAUUCCUACACUUUUUCUCAGUGUUAGCACAUGCAUAACUUUUUCUUAGAUGUUUUCUCUGAAUGCCUUCUCGGACUCUGCCUGCUGUCACUGUCAUGUUCUAAAUGACAGCUUUUUCUACCAGACAAAUAGUAAAUAUAUUGGGCUUUGUGAGUCUUCUGAUCUUCUUCGCAACCACUCAAUUCUGCUGUUGUCGCACAAAAGCUACUGUAGGUGACACAGAGCCACACGAACCUGGCUGGGUUCCAAUAAAAUUUGUUUACAAACACUAAA